CUAAUUUUAAAGAUUCGACAACCACCAAAGAUCUUAGCUUCGAUUCAACUCCAAGCUUGUUUUGUUUCUUUUCUUCCUAAAUUUAUCUCUUAAGCAACCAAUGCUCAUGCAUUGCCUAUAUAUACACACUAGCUAGCAGAACCUUAAGUAUUUCAAAACCGGAUUCAAUUCAGUAAAACCAAAUGAAAAUGCAAACUGUUCUUGUUAUCCUGGUUUUCUCCGGUUUAAUCACGAUUAAGACAACGUUUGCUGCACAACAUGUGAUGGGCGGGAGCCAAGGCUGGGAACAAUCCGUUGACUUUGAUUCUUGGUCUUCCGAUCAAUCUUUCAAAGUCGGCGACCAAUUGGUUUUUAAGUAUUCGGGACUACACAGCGUCGUUGAGCUAGGAAGUGAAACGGCAUACAAGAGUUGUGACCUGGGAACACCAGUAAACUCCUUGAGCUCUGGAAACGACGUCGUUAAGCUUUCCAAGACCGGUACUCGUUAUUUCGCAUGUGGGACCCCAGGGCAUUGCGAACAAGGCAUGAAGGUCAAAGUCAACGUUGUUUCUUCUGACUCCACCGCCGUUUCCUCCCCCGGCGCGGGUUCAAGUUCGGGUUCGAGCUCUAGCUCGGAUUCUGGUUCGGGUCAUGGGUUACGUGCUUCCAUUGGAUAUAUUUUGGCUGUUGGAUCGUUGGUUGUUGGUCUUAUUUGGGCUUUCUGAGAAUUUAGUCUUUUUGUUAUUCAUCGAGGAAAUAUAUUCGGAGAGGAGAAAAUAAAUAAUUUUUGUAUUUUAUUAAUUCGUAUUUGUUGUAUUUCGUACCAUUAUGUACUUCGGAUUUUCAAUUUCUGAUCUUAUUCUAUGCGGUAUCUCUUUUUUCUCCAUACUUCUGUUUUAUCAACCUGUCCACUUGAUUGGUCCCGUUGGAAUAUUAUUUAUUAUGCCUUCUCGUA